AUGUCGACCCCCCCGCCCGACUACAAGACGCCGCCGUUCCCGUCGCUCAACGUGCACACGCUCUCGGACGAGACGAGCGACAAGAUCUACACGCUUUACCACAUCAGCGACAUCUGGCGCUUCACCGUCGUUUGGACCGUCAUCGUCUACGCCGUCUUCCACACGGGCGCCGUCCUGGUCGCGUUCAUGACGCACGGCUUCAAGCGGCGCUCGUGGAAGCUGCUGUGGGCGGCGCCGAUUGUGUACCUGAGCGUCGCGGGCGUGGAGGCCGUGCUAUCUGGGAGCAUCGUAGGGCUUAUGUAA